UAUGAGUGGUGGGAUUCGAACAAGCGUGAAGGGGUACCUUAUUGCGAAACGUCUCAGUCUGACUGGGGAGAUAGCUGAUACAGUGCAUGAGAUGAAUGAGAUCAUCAAUACAAAUUUCACUGCACUCCAAGCUCACAAUGGAUGGAAUUCUAAUAGCAAAGUUGUCAUCUGUCGCAGUGCCUUCAACUCCUCAGACAGAGGGUGAAAUCUUGUUAAAAAGAUUUCUCUUCAAUGAACUGAAAAUAGCAACCUGGAACUUUCAUCCUGAUAAUAUGGUGGGUGUAGGUGGUUUUGGUUAUGUUUUUAAGGGGUGGGUUGAUGGCAAUUCAUCAACAGCUGCCAAGGCUGGUAGUGGCAUGUUAAUUGCUGUGAAGACGAUUGACCAAGAAGGUUUCCAGGGUCAAGAGGAAUGGUUGACAGAAAUUUACUAUCUAGGAAGGUUGCGACAUCCAAAUCUUGUGAAGUUGUUGGGUUAUUGCUUUGAGGACAACCACCGGCUUCUGGUUUAUGAAUUUAUGCCUCAUGGAAGCUUGGAGAUUCAUCUAUAUGGAAGGGAUUCUUACCUUGAACCACUUUCAUGGACCCUGCGUACGAAGAUUGCCCUUGGUGUUGCCAAGGUUCUUGCAUUUCUUCAUGGUACUGAGGGAAAAGUGAUCCAUCGGGAUGUUAAAACUUCUAAUAUCCUGCUUGAUUCAACCUACAAUGCCAAACUCUCUGAUUUUGGUUUGGCAAAGGAUGUACCAGCUGGUGAUGAAAGCCAUGUCUUAACAAGGGUGGUGGGGACACAUGGGUAUGGAGCUCCUGAGUAUAUUUCUACAGGUCAUUUAUCCUGCAAGAGUGAUGUAUAUGGUUUUGGAGUUGUUAUGCUUGAAAUGUUGUCUGGAAGACGAGUUCUGGAUAAUAACCGUCCACCCAGGGAACACAAUUUAGUUGAAUGGGCCAAACCUUAUCUUGCCAGCAAAAGCAGAGCUCUCAAAAUUUUUGAUGCUCGUAUUGAAGGCCAGUACUCUGUGGCAGGAGCUCUUAAAGCAGCUAACCUUGCAAAUCGAUGCAUAUCAGCAGAACCCGAGUUUAGGCCAAACAUGAAUGAGGUGGUCACAGCAUUAGAGCAGCUUCAGGAAUCUGGUGACAUGGAGGGUUCGGGAAUCUCCCAAAAUGAGCCUUGCCAAACUCCUUGUGCCAAUUCAAGCAAUCGCAGGAGAAGCACAAGCUGGAUCAGCUUCAGGCCAUGUGCUUCCUGCAGCUAUACAUAAGAAUAUAGGAUGUUCAUGCAUGCUUUAUCAUUAAUUUCAUUGAUUUAAAGGAAAAUGGGAUUCAGGGGGAGGGAAAAAAACUGUAAACAAGGGAGAUAUAUCAUUCUUCAAAACUGUAUGUUGUAAUAUGUACUGAGACAGUUGAUUACUAUAGAGAUGUUGUGUUACUUGA